AUGGUGGACCACGAUGCUGAGUGCGUAGUGUUUCCAUACGACAACGCGCCGUCGUUAGCGACUCCGAAGCCGACGCCCGGCCGGGUGGAAUCGGCCCUCCGAGGGCAAAAUGGAGACAUCCGCGGUUCCGCGCUCCAAUUACGCGGUUACGACCUUGAGGAAAUGGCGUGGACCUUGGUCCCCACCACCAGUGACGAAAAUUGGACGGUUUUCCCGAAAAUUCGGGGUCAAGCUGUACUUCAAGUGGCUGAACGCCGCUCCCAGGACAAAGCCAAGAUGAAGGCGUCCAACGCCGCCCCGGCCCCCGGCUCGUCGGUCGGAAACGUGAACGCUCCCGCGACGCACGCCACGGGACGCAAGGGCAAGGCGUCCACGAAGUGGAAGCCGCGCCCAAUGCUCAAACCCGCUCCCGAACACUACGUUAUAAUCAUAAAGCCCAGAGAACGUAUUUUUCUUCACGAGGCGUGCACAAAGACCGGCUAUGGCACCGCCAUGUCGGCGUAUCUCGGGCCGGAACGGGCCCGCGCCACCUUCGUUCUGCCAUCGCGAGACCAAAACAUCAUCAUCGUGCAUACCCUGGACAUCGAGGCGGCCGACCGGCUCAUCGGGGACAUUGGAGUGAAUACCGAGAAGGGAUCGGUCCCGCUUCACGGUUACCUGGGACAAGACGGCGGCAACACGUGCCACGGAGUGAUCGUGGUCCGUAACACAGACACCACGGAAACUCUUCAACAACGAGUGUGCUGGCGUGCCGGAACCAUCGUGGCAAUCCGAAAAUUCGGAACAUCCAACAAGGCACGCAUCACCUUCGCGGGUAAGGAGAAGCCCCGUUACGUGCAUUAUGACAGCAUGGUCGUCUCUGUGCAAAACUAUUACACAACUAUCCCAGCCUGCGGCCAGUGUGGGGCCGUCGGGCACCACGCGGAUGCAUGUCCAAACCUACAGCCGAACACGUGUGGACUCUGCAGACUCUACGCUCCGCUAGUGAAGGGAGUGCGGGCCCCUCACAACUGUGUUCCACGGUGUUUUGUGUGCGGUGGCGCCCAUGCCACCAACUCUCGCGACUGUGCGGAAAAAUUCCGCACACCCAAGAUGGCCGCCCAAAAGGACGGGAAAAAGAAAAUGGCGCCCAACAACAAAAGCCGCCAUCUUGGGCCACCCAGCGACCAGCCGCCACCACGCGGCGGCCUGAAGAAACGAGCGGCGGAGAUGCGCGGCAAGACCGGGGCCUAUCAAUGCCGUCAAAAACGGACACCAGGAGCCAGGGAGCGGCGCCACCUUUACAAGCUACAUCACCUUCCAGCAGUACCCCUCUUCCUGCGUCUGGCAUGGUUCCAGACUGACAAAGAGGAGAUCUCGAGCUGGGAUCUCUUCAAAGAGAAGCUCCGCGACCUUUUUGGCAAUCCGUUCGGUUGCCAACUCAAUGCCAAAAAGGCCCUUGCCACACGUCUACAGACAUCGACCGAGUCCUACGUGUCGUACAUUCUCGAUGUCUUGGCCCUUUGUGCCAAGGCUGACCCGAACAUGUCGGAGGACGAUAAGCACCCCCAGCCUGAAAACUACACAGUGCAGCUUCUGGAGGUGAAGCUGCAUCGACGACAUUGCAAACUUGGAGUCUGCCCCGACUCGCAGAAGGCAGCUGUCAUCGCAAAGAUCCAGCAGCCCAUCGACAAGAAGGCAAUGCGUAGAUUCUUUGGCAUGUGUGCCUACUACAUGCGCUUUGUCAAGGACUUUUCACGCAUCGCUGAGCCCCUGGUACAUCUACCUAAAUGUGAUGUCGAGUUCAAGUGGGAGACGCCGACGUUCAAGUGGCCGACGCAUUUCAAGAACUCAAACGACGCAUGCAGUCGCCACCGGUACUUGCGCACUUCGACGAAGAUGCCGAUGCAGAAAUCCACACUAACGCCAGUAGCCUAG